CGGAAGUGAUGUGCGGAUGACUGCGUGGUGUCGCUGUUUGAGGCUCGACUCGGAGCGGGUGGAUUUUUUCGGGAGGGAAACUUUAUCAGGUUUAACGGGAUCCGAGCUCCAUUAAUUCAUUUCGCUUAAUUAGCAGAGCCAGUGCAGCCGUACUGAUAGAGGAGUCUAAAAAUGUCAGGCAUUGCAUUGAGCCGGCUUGCCCAGGAGCGCAAGGCAUGGCGGAAGGACCAUCCGUUUGGAUUUGUAGCCGUUCCAACAAAAAAUCCAGAUGGAACCAUGAAUCUCAUGAACUGGGAAUGUGCUAUUCCUGGGAAAAAAGGGACUCCGUGGGAAGGAGGUUUGUUCAAACUGCGGAUGUUGUUCAAGGAUGAUUACCCGUCAUCGCCUCCAAAAUGUAAAUUUGAGCCGCCGCUCUUCCAUCCCAACGUUUACCCGUCGGGGACGGUAUGCCUAUCCAUCCUAGAGGAGGACAAGGACUGGAGACCCGCCAUCACAAUAAAGCAGAUCUUAUUAGGUAUCCAGGAACUCCUAAACGAGCCAAAUAUCCAGGAUCCAGCCCAAGCAGAGGCUUACACGAUCUACUGCCAAAACAGAGUAGAAUAUGAGAAAAGAGUUCGAGCACAGGCCAAGAAGUACUCUCCGUCGUAAGAGGCGCCGGCCCGGCCCGGCGGCGCCGCGGCUGAAGGAAGGGGUUUAAGGAGAAGCGCCCCCCCGCCCGGCCUCCAUGAAUGUGCCCCUCUCACACCGGGACUCGCUUACAGACUCGUAUUUAAACUCCACAUUCGGUGCCAUCCGUUCUCCCUUCGCCUGUCCGUUUGGUUCCGACCCGCCGGGCGGCGCGGCGCCGGGAGGGGACGCUCGUUUCUUUUUAAACGUUGUCUUAUGUGGUGCAAGGGACGCAGCUUCGGUUUCUCCAACAACUCCACGCGAGCCGUCUGUUCAUGGAAGUGAAAGUCUUUAUUUUGUUUUGUUUUAUUUUUUUGCUCCUUCACAGGGUCUCUUCCUUUUUUUGUUUUCCAUAAAUUUAAUGUAAAAAUCGGCUCAUUUCAUUGUCAGUAUUUGAUCUGCUGUAUAAUGAAUGGCACUUUUAUACUGUUGUAUCCCACUAGUGUCUCUAGAUGGUCCAGUCUAAUUUUCUUUCCCAGGUUUUCUAUUCAGCAUGCUGUAAUAUACGAUAGAUCUGCUGCCUUGGCUCUUUGUUAUUCAGAGUGUUGCUAUGGGAUACGUAAAAUGGCCGCAGUAACUGAGGCAGGUAGGCUUACUUCUGUACUUUAAGGUUAUAUGGUGCUUUGUUCAUGUAUGUGUUUGCUUAUUAAAACUUUCUAUAAAACCUUC